CUGGUGCUCGAAUGUGUCUAUCGGGCCCCGAUUCGGCAUGCUUCGAGAAUUUCGUCUCAUGGAAAAAUCCGCCACCUUGUAAACAUCGUGGCCUAGCCGGAAUGCAACAUUGACUGACGGUGAGUUCACUCUUGAUUCAGCCGCAUUCGGCGGCGAUGUCGCAAAACUCGGCCCGAAAACCCGCUAAGAGCGAAUGCAGAAUUCUCUAUUGUCAAGUCAUUAUUACGUCUCCCGCCGUAGUAUUUAUCGUAGGCUAACGUCGAGGCAGCUCUCCAAGUCGUCAACGCUGACGCGGCGCUUUGGCACCACCGACGCUGCAACCACAAUCGCCACUGGGACUGCGACCGGCAACGGCAGAAACCACAACAACGGGAAUACAGACGGACUGACAAGCACGGAGAAGGCAGCGGACAAACGAACAGACUGUAACUAACUGGCAGCCAGGAACGACUCUCAUCCCCUUGGAAGCGCCCUCUGUUGGUCUCCUUCAGAGUUCCGCCAUAGAGUGCUAGAGAGGCGAACGAGAGACAGUUGGCUCAAGGAUUACGAGACAGCAUGCGGGAGAUUGUUCACGUUCAAGCCGGCCAGUGUGGCAACCAGAUCGGAGCGAAGUUCUGGGAAGUGAUCUCGGAGGAACACGGGAUCAAUCCGAACGGACAAUUCCAGGGCGACUCUGAUCUACAGUUGGAGCGCAUCAAUGUCUAUUAUAACGAGGCAGCCGGUGGCAAAUACGUUCCGCGAUCGGUGCUGGUCGAUUUGGAACCGGGGACGAUGGAUUCGAUCCGAUCGGGCCCCUAUGGAGCUUUAUUCCGGCCGGACAAUUUCGUUUUUGGUCAGAGUGGAGCCGGCAACAACUGGGCGAAGGGUCACUACACCGAGGGAGCGGAAUUGGUCGACUCCGUGAUGGACGUCAUAAGGAGGGAGUCCGAACACUGCGACUGCCUUCAGGGUUUCCAGCUCACACAUUCGCUCGGAGGAGGAACUGGAUCUGGAAUGGGCACUCUGCUCAUUUCGAAAAUUCGGGAAGAGUACCCAGAUCGAAUUAUGAGUUCAUUCUCGGUUUUUCCCUCCCCGAAGGUUUCGGACACGGUUGUCGAGCCGUACAACGCCACCCUUUCGGUGCAUCAGCUCGUUGAGAAUACCGAUGAGACAUUCUGCAUCGACAACGAGGCUCUUUACGAUAUCUGCUUCCGAACGUUGAAGCUGAGCGCACCCGGCUAUCCCGAACUAAAUCAUCUGGUUUCGGCCACGAUGUCAGGGGUAACAACCUGCCUCCGUUUUCCCGGUCAACUCAACGCUGACCUCCGUAAACUGGCUGUCAACAUGGUGCCGUUCCCUCGACUGCAUUUCUUCAUGCCAGGCUUCGCCCCUCUGAUGGCGCGUGGAUCGCAGCAAUACCGUCAGGUGUCGGUGGCGGAACUCACUCAACAGGUUUUCGAUGCGAAAAACAUGAUGACAGCUUGCGAUCCCCGACACGGCAGAUACUUGACCGUGGCAGUGAUGUUCCGCGGUAAGAUGAGCAUGAAGGAGGUGGACGAUCAGAUGUUCUCGGUGCAGAACAAAAAUUCCUCCUACUUCGUCGAAUGGAUUCCCAAUAACGUCAAGACGGCUGUGUGCGACAUCCCCCCGCGCGGGCUCAAAAUGUCGGCGACGUUCGUGGGCAAUUCCACCGCGAUUCAGGACAUAUUCAAAAGAAUUUCCGAGCAGUUCACAGCUAUGUUCCGACGCAAAGCUUUCUUGCAUUGGUAUACCGGAGAAGGCAUGGACGAAAUGGAGUUCACCGAAGCGGAAUCCAACAUGAACGAUCUUGUUUCCGAGUACCAACAAUAUCAAGAGGCCUCUGCGGACGACGAGGGUGAUUUCGAUGAAUACGAAGAGCCUCACAUCCCCGAAGAAGCCGAGGAAGACGAGGAGCACUGAAUGGGUUGAGGAGGUGAGCCCUCGCCGGAGGUCCGCGAAGAACUUGGGCCGGACUGCUGGAAUCAACAAAGCCUGUGAAAAUUUUUACCUUUAAUAAACAUCCCUCGAUGUGUUGAGAA